AUGGUAGUGUGCAAGAUGGGUGUCAAUGGGAGAGCCGAGAAGGGCCAAAUAGUGAAGGAAGCAGGUGUUGCUACGAUGAUUUUAGUGAACAUAGAAAUAAAUUUGAAGCAAGAUCCUGUUGAUGUCGAUGUCCAUGUCCUCCUAGCAACAUUGAUAGAUUUCGAUGAAUCAAUUUUCUUGAAAAGUUAUAUGAACUCCAAAAGGAGACCAAGAGCUAAAAUCAUAUUCGGAGGAACCAUCAUUGGAAAAUCCCUAGCACUUGCAAUAGCUCAAUUUUCCACUAGAGGACCAAGUUUUGCCAAUCUUGUAAUCCUCAAGUCAGAUAUGAUUGCUCCGGGAGUUAAACACAAUUGCUGCUUGGCCACAAAAUCUAGGCUCGAGUGGCCUUGCAGAAGAUUCUUGAAGAGUAAACUUCACUAUCAUGUCAGGGACUUCCAUGGCUCAUUAAAUAUGGCGAUAGGUAAGUAUAUGGAAAGUUGA